AGUGCCGUGGCACGAUCUCAGCUCACUGCAACCUCUGCCUCCCGGGUUCAAGCAAUUCUCCUGUCUCAGCUUCCCCAGUAGCUGGGAUUACAGGCUUUUUGAAAGCAAAGAUGAGCAACACUCAAGCUGAGAGGUCCAUAAUAGGCAUGAUCGACAUGUUUCACAAAUACACCAGACGUGAUGACAAGAUUGACAAGCCAAGCCUGCUGACGAUGAUGAAGGAGAACUUCCCCAACUUCCUUAGUGCCUGUGACAAAAAGGGCACAAAUUACCUCGCCAAUGUCUUUGAGAAAAAGGACAAGAAUGAGGAUAAGAAGAUUGAUUUUUCUGAGUUUCUGUCCUUGCUGGGAGACAUAGCCACAGACUACCACAAGCAGAGCCAUGGAGCGGCGCCAUGUUCCGGGGGAAGCCAGUGACCCAUCCCCACCAAGGGGCCUCCAGAGACCCCAGGAACAAAAAACUGUCUUCUCCCACCAGACACUUGUCUUAUUUCCUUCUUCUCUUUGGUGACCUAUGUUGUCAAAACUACCAAUUCCAGGUUAACUUUGUUGGAGAACUUCCCCCACCCCCAUCCAGUGGGUCACCCAGGAGUAAUGUCCCUCCAACAACGUUCCCCCUAUGGCCUCCAGCAGAGCUGAGCUGCCUCUCACACAGGUCCUGGUGUCUGCUUCUGCCCCGCUCCCUAAAUGCAGCCACCAUGGCAGGUUCCAGGUGGAAGUCAGUGGAAAGCUCCUGCCAGAUCACAGCAAUGCUCCUCCUUGUCAAGGCAUGGAAGAGGGUCAUUCAGACACAUUCAGAUACCACACUGAGAAGGAGCUGGCAUCUCUCAGUGUGCUCCUGCCCUCCCGCUCCUGCCCCAGCUGUUCUCCAGGGCUUGGGGAAACAGAAACCACUCACAUAGGGAUUCCUGGAUGGCUUCAGGCUCAGGGCCCUUGUGGCUAUGAAUGGGAUGCUCAGCAGUUCCCUGAGGAUGAGCUCCCUUGUCCUGUGGCCUGGGCUCCAGGGGCUGUGUCCUCUCUCUGUGCUGUGCACUUGUGUGCAUGUGCCUAAGUGGGUGACCCUGUGGAAGUGAGAGGGAGUCAUCUUGAAGCUGAGCUGUCCUCGAUGGUUUGCUAAAUGCCAGGACUGGGUUUCUGGUGAUGAAUGAAUAUUCCAGAUUUUGAGGAGCUCAAAGUAGUCCAGGGGUCCAAAUAAGGAGUCUAGCCGGAAUAAGGCAGCACCACGGAAAUGCCCUAAGGACUGACACAGAGAGCUCAUGCUGACUGUGAUGAGAAAUUGCAGCACCUCUCUCUGGCAGGUAAUGGAGUAGUUUGUUAUCGGUAGUCUACUCCAGGCCAGGCAGUGUGCUAUGGGCUGAGGAUGCAGAAACAAGCAGGGCACAGUGCUGUCCUAGCAGAGCACUGGCGGGUCUCUCCAUGCAGGCCACAACACAGGGUCAGUGUUCACCUGGUGUCACUUCCAGGCCAUGUUCUGUGCAACUGCUCUUAGUAUUCUCCCUAGAGGCUCACAUCAUCUGUCCCUAUCAUUCUUACCACCCUGGUCAAUCUCCAGCUAACCUCUCAAUCAGGCAAACAUUCUUCUUAGAGGAAUCAGGCAACCAUCUCAAAAAUUCUCAUUCCAUUCCCCCAGCAGAAAUGUGUAGGAUGAGUUAUUUGUUCUUGUGAAUGACUGUUCCACUCCACACUCACACCUCUAUUCACAGACCAGCAUCUCCUCUCCUCAUCAAGAAUCUUCCUUCCUGAAUAUAUUCUGCACCUUGUCAGCCUUCAGGACUGAUCUGCAGUUUUCACCUCCAAAUCCCAAUGUCUGACCAUUAGUUUUCUUCUCUCUCCUUCUCUCCCUUUCUCAUUCUCAUUCCACCUGUUCUUGGAACUCACAGAGGCCUGCAGUCCCUGGGCUUUCGUUUUUUCUUACCAGCCCCCUGCUGCCUUCUCUAUGUAGCCUGUCCCCAUCAUCCACCCCAGAACUGCUCUCUUUCCUCUCUUAGCUCUGUUGCCCACUUUCUUUGGGCCACACCUUCCCUGCAGAUCUCCAAACCAGAACCAUCUUCCCCAGUUGUCCUCCUCUCUCCUCCAUCAGGACUGCUAGUCACUGCUCAGAACCAUCAUGCCAGGGUCCCAAGUGUGGGUGCCUGACUUCCUCUCUGCGCAGCACUCUCUGAAUCCCUCCUGUUCACCCAGCUGCUGUUAUUCCAAGAAUGCGCAACACCUCCUCCCAUCAAUAUAUCUCAGUAUUUCGUGCCUCAAUACCAGUCUUUCAAAUGCUGCCUCUGCUGGAUGUCAUUUAAUAAUUCAUCUGUCUCAUUAAAUUACAUUUCAAGACA